ACAGUAUUACUGUAUAGUCUGUAUUAACUACGUGUGGGCUUGUCGUAAACAAUUAAUAUAUUUGCUUAAAAGAGUAUCAGAUGAGGAAACAUGAUAGAGUGACAGGGCAUUGUGAAUCGCAGCCUGAGCAUCUCCUCUUCUCCCUCGGAAGCUUAGCCAAGGAGCUGUCUUUUGGUGGUUGGAAAGGAGGGUUUCGACUUUCCCCUGAAUAUUUUCCCCCGGAAAGUUUGGGCCCGAUGGAGCUCCACCAGCUGACGACGAGCUGGUGGGACGAGGUCAACGAGUCCACCCAGUGGCAAGACAGAAUCUUUUAUACUCUCUGCGCUGCUUAUGCCCUCGUCUCCUCCGUUGCUCUGAUUCAAUUAAUAAGGAUUGAGUUGAGAGUCCCCGAAUAUGGCUGGACUACGCAGAAAGUUUUCCAUCUCAUGAAUUUUAUUGUUAAUGGAGUACGGGCGAUCGUGUUUGGGUUCCACAAACAAGUAUUCGUUUUGCAUCCCAAGAUUCUAACCUUGGUAUUACUGGAUCUGCCGGGACUUCUAUUUUUCUCUACCUACACACUUCUAGUCCUUUUCUGGGCAGAGAUAUAUCACCAGGCGAGAAGCUUGCCCACAGAUAAGCUCAGGAUUGUUUAUAUAACAGUGAACAGUGCAGUGUACUUCGUACAGGUUUGCAUCUGGGCAUACCUCUGGGUGAAUGACAACACGGUGGUGGAACUCAUUGGAAAAAUAUUUAUUGCAGUGGUGUCAUUCGUAGCUGCCUUAGGAUUCUUGCUGUAUGGAGGAAGGUUGUUCCUCAUGCUGAGACGCUUUCCCAUUGAAUCUAAGGGGAGAAGAAAGAAGCUUCACGAGGUUGGAUCUGUUACAGCUGUCUGUUUCACCUGCUUUCUUAUAAGAUGCUUUGUGGUUGUUUUAUCUGCUUUUGAUUCAGAUGCCUCGCUUGACGUAUUGAAUCAUCCAAUUUUGAACUUUAUCUACUACAUGCUUGUUGAGAUCCUACCUUCAGCCCUUGUGCUUUACAUCCUGCGCAAGUUGCCUCCAAAGAGAAUUUCAGCCCAAUAUCACCCCAUCCAUUAGCUACAAUGCUUAUUCAAUGUUUUUAUUUUUUUUCCAAAACAAAUGAUCAUUGGGUAUGAAAGUUGAGGUGCUAUUGAAGGUGUUGAAGACAAGAAGAAUCCUAAAACUUAUCCGGAUGUCUCAUUCUGGUCUAGCUCUGUGCCAGCAAUUUUUACCAGUUGCAUGUCGCGAAGCCGAUUUCAUCUUGUUGAAGAGGAUAUACUCAAAUUGAUUUCUUCAUGGAUCUUGUGAUUUAAAGAAUCUGUUCAUGGCGUAUGCAGGUUAUUUGUUGAAGUCGUUGGUAGAAGGAAAAUUUUGUAUCCAAGUCAUUUUAAGAAUUUGACACUGGUUGAUACUGAAAUGUAUGCAUUUUACUAUUUUAGUCCUGUAAUUAUGGCUUUGGUGGUAUGCCAUUCUACACGAUGUUGAACCUGUCUAAUGGUUAUGUAGCUGUCUAGCUUUCUGCUUGGAGUUUGCAAAUUUCCGUUUUGUUGUA